GGGGCGGGGCCUCCGUCUCCACCUCCGCUGAGGGCCGAGGCGAGAUGGCGGCCACCGAGGGGGUCGGCGAGGCCGCUCAAGGCGGCGAGCCGGGUCAGCCGGAGCAGCCGCCGCCUCAGCCGCACCCGUCGCCUCCCCAGCAGCAGCAGGAAGAGGCGAUGGCGGCCGAGGCCGGAGAAGCGGUGGCGUCCCCUAUGGACGACGGGUUCCUGAGCCUGGACUCGCCCACCUAUGUCCUGUACAGGGACAGAGCAGAAUGGGCUGAUAUAGAUCCAGUGCCACAGAACGAUGGUCCCAAUCCAGUGGUCCAGAUCAUCUAUAGUGAAAAAUUUAGAGACGUGUAUGAUUACUUCCGAGCUGUUCUGCAGCGUGAUGAAAGAAGUGAACGAGCUUUUAAACUAACCCGAGAUGCUAUUGAGUUAAAUGCAGCCAAUUAUACAGUGUGGUACGUAAUCCACGUCAUUAAUAUUCCCUCUUCUCUGGGCAUUAGGCAUCAUAGGCGAGUGUUAGUGGAAUGGCUAAAAGAUCCAUCUCAGGAGCUUGAGUUUAUCGCUGAUAUUCUUAAUCAGGAUGCAAAGAAUUACCAUGCCUGGCAGCACCGACAGUGGGUUAUUCAGGAAUUUAAACUUUGGGAUAAUGAGCUGCAGUAUGUAGACCAGCUUCUCAAAGAGGAUGUGAGAAAUAACUCUGUCUGGAACCAAAGAUACUUCGUCAUUUCAAACACCACUGGCUACAAUGAUCGUGCUGUGUUGGAGAGAGAAGUCCAGUAUACCCUAGAAAUGAUCAAACUAGUACCACAUAAUGAAAGUGCAUGGAACUAUUUGAAAGGGAUUUUGCAGGAUCGAGGUCUUUCCAAAUAUCCUAAUCUAUUAAAUCAAUUACUUGAUUUACAACCAAGUCACAGUUCCCCCUACCUAAUUGCCUUUCUUGUGGAUAUCUAUGAAGACAUGCUAGAAAACCAAUGUGACAACAAGGAAGACAUUCUUAAUAAAGCACUAGAGCUAUGUGAAAUCUUAGCUAAAGAAAAGGACACUAUAAGGAAGGAAUAUUGGAGAUAUGUUGGAAGAUCCCUUCAGAGCAAACACAGCACAGAAAGUGACCCACCAACAAAUAUACAGCAAUAAUACCAUCCAGAAGAACUUGAUGGAAUGCUUUUAUUUUUUUAAGGGACUUUAAUACAGGAGCUUAAAACUAGAGUGGUCCGUUCUCUUUGCCUGUGGUGUAAAACACACAUUGUACAGGUAUUGCUUUUAACAAGAACUAAGUGGGAUGCUCCUUGGGUGCCGCUGCUGUUGAGACUAGCUCUAAGUAAUCUGAUUCUUUUAAAGCAAAGUAAUUGGAAGGGAGGGGAAAGAAAAUUCCCAUAAAGGAGCUUUUGUAGUCUUAUCAACAUUUACUCUAAUCCCUUAGCAUCAACCCCUCCCUGAGUGGUAUCUGCAUCAGGAUUUGCAGCAGUAAUGACUGCAGCUCACAUGUCACGGAGAGGAGGUAACUGAAGGGUUGGUUCAGUAAGCAGGGAGUACAGCUGUUACAUCAGAACUGCUAUGCCACACUCACAGCCUCUUGCUAUCACUGUAACCAACUAAUGCCAAAAGAAUGGUUUUAUAAUAAAAUUAUAGAUGUAUCUAAAAACAA